AUGCUAUCGCAGAGGGCUGGCUCUCAGUUCACCCUGCAGAUAUUGUGGCCUCUCCUUCAAGGGAUCCCCGCCGCAUUCAUGGAGCUCGAGGGUGUCAGCCAGGACGAACUUCAGGAGGCGGCGGCGGCCCUCACGAUGCUUCAGACCAUGGCUCUUCAAGGUCGCAACCUCUUCGAAGCACCACAGUCCCAGCCAGCGGGACCAGCUCAGAACCCGGCCAGUUCCCUCCACCCUCCGGCUCUGGAGGUUCAGGUUCAGACCCCACUGCGACAGACCUUCUCCCUCACCGGCGAACAGGAGGCGGAGCAGCCAGCCAAGUUCACGAGGACGAACGAGAAAGGUUCACCCUCCAAGAUCACGGUUUCCGCCUCGCUGAUCACCCAGGUUGUGCAGCUCCUGCUACGACAUGCGGAUGCUCUCAACAGCAUCGAACAAUCCACAACAUGGAUUCUGUUUCAGGGCACGGCGCCCCCGCUAACGGUGGUGGAUGCACAGGCCACCAUAGCGGAAGAAUGGAAUCGGCUGAAAACCAGCAACCCCUCAGCCAUCACCGAGCCUCUCAGGGUGGUGCUAUGGCAAACGUGGGCAUCCGAGUUCAUCAAGCGCCUGCAGACUCUGGAUACCGACCCGAACCAAAGGAACGAGGCCAUUCGGCUUCAGAUCCUCACGGAGCCGGACUGCUUCAAGUAUGUGCGAUGGGACCCAAGCCAGAAGCGCCUCAUCCCCCAGGACACCCUUGCUCCACUGACGGCGAAGGAAAUUUUGGACAUGCUUCGAGAAACGAUCGUGUUGUGCAAAGAGGAUGGCGUUCUCAUCAACUAUCAUCCGAUGAGGCGGUUGACACAGAAGAUGGCAGGAGCAGCCAUCACCUUCUCCAUGCACUUGGGGCUCAGAGAGGCCAGAGCCUAUCGCUUUUGGACAAUAAUGGAAGCCCUGGCGGGAAACGCCUCGCUUCAAUUAGUGGCGACAACCAUCCGCAGAGAUCGGCGAGGACGAUCUCCCUUAGCCCAGGCCUUGGAAGCCGAACUUCGACGGCUGCAGAAACCUUGCGGCAAAUCAGACAGUUGA